AUGAACGUCCAUCUGUACCGCGAAGAUGGGACAGCAACAAUGAGUGCUUCAAGUGAUAAGAACCAUAGGCCAACAUCUGUCCGCGAUCAUCCACGUUUGAUGCUCCUUUUUUUCCACCAUCACUUCGAUUGCAGAAUGCCAAACACAUGCUCGGUGCAAUUAAUAGACAUUUUGGGGAAAAACUCAGACGAUGUCACCGAAAACGAAGAAGAUUGCCGCGGAGACAGCGUUGACCAGAGGGCUCCAGUAGGGCCAAACAAUUGCUGGCCAAGAAGGAUCCGCCAUGCUCUUCUGGUAAGAUGGCACUGGAAAGGUCUUCAUCACAAUCUUUCUAUUUAA